AUGCAGCGGGGCCCGGCGGCUCAACACCAGCGAUCGCCGUUCGCCAUCCAGGAACUGUUGGGAUUGAGCGAUGCCGGACUGCCCGCUUCUUCUUCCUCGACUCAGCACGGCAACAGCCAGUCCUCGGUUACGACGGGAUUGCACCCGUCCUCGGUGCUGGGACACCACUCGCUCGUGCCGCAGGCCAUCCACCCGCCUCCACCGCACUGUGGCUUCCCCGGUGACAGGGCCGGUGUGUACCUCGGACACGCUUUCGUGCCGUGCGCGCCCUUUCUGCAUGGCUUCGACGGGUCGGCCCACGGCGUGCCACCGGACAUCGCCGGCUACCCAGGGGCAACAGCCACUGAUCUCUGCGACGAGGGAUCCGCUCUUGCCAGGAAGAAGAAGAAGAAGCGUAGGCACCGGACCAUCUUCACGAGCUUCCAGCUGGAGGAGCUGGAGAAGGCGUUCAAGGAGGCCCACUACCCGGACGUGUACGCGCGAGAGAUGCUGUCGCUCAAGACGGAUCUGCCAGAGGACCGCAUACAGGUGUGGUUCCAGAACCGGCGUGCCAAGUGGCGCAAAACGGAGAAGUGCUGGGGCAAGUCGACCAUCAUGGCCGAGUACGGGCUGUACGGCGCCAUGGUGCGCCACUCGCUGCCUCUGCCGGAGUCUAUCCUGCGAAGCGCCAAGGAGAGCGGCGACGACGUCUCCUCGUGCGCGCCCUGGCUGCUCGGCAUGCACCGCAAGUCUCUCGAAGCGGCCGAGAAGCUCAAGGGACAGGAUUGUGGCGGCAGCGACAGCACGGCGCCAUCCUCACCUCCUCCGCCGGCGUCGACCAAGGCGCUGACCGGAAGGCCCGACACGGCCAGUCCACAGGCGUCCACUCCGCCGUCGUCGGCGCCUUCCUCCCCUCCUCCUCCGCCGACCUCCGCUGCUGCCGUUUUGGCGACGUCGACAAGACCCAGUCCUCCUCCGGCGUCCGCUCUCUCGCCGGCAGGCACAGCGACCGCGUCCGGCGGUGCCGUGAGCCAGGACCUGCGGACGCACAGCAUCGCGGCGCUGCGACUGCGGGCGCGCGAGCACAGCGCCCGACUGCAGCACUCCAUCGACGCCCUGUUCGCGUGA